GCUCGGUUUAUUUACAAUACAAACUAACAUGAACCGAAUUUUUAUCGACCGGAGCGCGAGCAGUCGAUCCAUUUACAACCUGUUAAUCACUUGCUGACUUGAGUAAGGAUUCUUUGCCUUUCUUUGAACCCACAGCUUCUAUUCUUGUAAUGGUUGAGAGAUUCUUGUUCUUUGGAAUAUAUGAUUGCCUCAUUGGCGUAAUCAACCCAACUUACCCAAGUCUUGAAGAUUUCUAUGUUCCAAAGUGCCAAGUAAGGUAACUAAAUGAAAUGAAAAGAACUCUAUUAGUUGAUGAAGAAGCUGAAAACUUUAUUAGAAAGGGUAAUGGUGUUAAGUUGCUUCAGCUUUAAUUAAUAACACUUCCUGUCUCAUUUCUAACACAUAAACACAAUGUUCAAGCUAUUCCCGCCAAAACACUGCCCGAUCCCCACUAAAUCCAAAUUUAGAUUUCUCACAUCAUUACAUUCUCCCUCCGAUCUCACAACUAUAAUUCUUGAUUCCAAAACCCCUGAACAAGCCAUUGACUCUUUCAAUUCUCUUUUAAAACAAAACUCAGUGAACCCAACAGACAAUCUUCACUUGUAUUCUGCAGUAAUCCAUUUCUUAACAAAUGCUAAAGUAUACACUACCGCUAGGUGUUUGACAAAAGACCUCAUCCAAACUUUGCUCCGCUCCUGCAAACCUCGCCGCGUUAGCUCAUUGGUUUUCAAGGCUCUUAGUCAGUUACACGGAUCCAAAUUUAGUCCCAAUGUGUUUGGAGUGUUGAUCAUUGCCUUUUCUGAGACAGGCCAUGUUGAUGAAGCUUUGUGGGUGUAUCGAAAGCUUGAAGCUUUCCCUGCAGUGCAAGCGUGUAAUGGGUUGUUAAAUGGAUUGGUUAAAAGGGGAAGGUUUGAAACCAUGUGGGAGUUGUAUAAUGACAUGGUAUCGCGGGGGUUGGUUCCUACUGUUUUUACAUAUAAUGUGUUGGUUGAUGCUUGUUGUAGCCAAGGUGAUGUUUUGAGAGCUAGGAGUUUGAUUAACGAGAUGACGAAGAAGGGGAUUGAGCCAACGGUUGUGAUUUACACAACUCUGAUUCGCGGUCUUUGCUACGAGAGUAAGUUGAUGGAAGCAGAAAGUAUGUUCAGAAGAAUGAAGGAAUUGGGAGUUUUACCCAAUUUGUAUACUUAUAAUGUUUUGAUAGAUGGUUAUUGCAAAAUUGCUAAUGUGAAACAAGCUCUUCACUUGUAUCAAGACAUGCUUAAUGAUGGAGUGCUGCCGAAUAUUAUGACAUUUGGUAUAUUAGUGGAUGCGCUAUGUAAAUUGGGUGAGCUAUUAGCAGCAAGAACCUUUUUUGCUCAGAUGGCUAAGUUUGGUGUUUUUCCUAAUGUGGUCGUGUUUAAUAGUCUGAUUGAUGGGCACUCCAAGGCAGGAAACCACUCCAUAGCUGUGGAUUUGCUUUUGGAGAUGGAAAAGCUUAAAAUUACACCUGAUGUUUACACUUACAGUAUUCUUAUUAAGGAUGCAUGUAGUCUAGGAACAGUAGAAGAGGCAGAGGAUUUACUGAAAAAAAUGGAGAAAGAAGGGGUUCCUAUAAAUUCUGUGAUUUACAAUUCACUCAUUGAUGGAUACUGCAAGGGAUCGAAAAUGGAGAAGGCUUUGGAGGUAUGUUCUCAGAUGACAAAGAAGGGUAUAGAACCAAACAUCAUCACUUUCUCUACGUUAAUUAAUGGUUACUGCAGGGUGGGAAAUAUGCAGACCGCCAUGGGUUUAUAUUCCGAAAUGGUAAUUAAAUCACUAGUACCGGAUGUGGUUGCUUUCACAGCUUUAAUCAAUGGGCACUGCAAAAAUGGCAACAUGAAAGAGGCUGUCUGGCUAUAUAAGCAUAUGCUGGAGGCCCGUCUCAGUCCCAAUGUUUUCACAGUUAGUUGCUUGAUAGAUGGCCUUUGCAAAGCUGGAAGGACAUCUGAUGCAAUUAAAUUUUUCUUAGAAAAGACUAGCAAUGGCCCUACUGGCAAUCAAGUAAAUGAAAUGGGCGAUGGUUUUUGUUCUCCAAAUCAUGUGGUUUAUACGUCUUUGAUUCAAGCUUUGUGCAAGGAUGGGCGGAUUUUCAAAGCUAGUAAAUUCUUCUCAGAUAUGAGAUGCAGUGGCUUAAGACCUGAUGCGCUGGUUUAUGCAGUCAUGUUACAAGGACAUCUAAAUGCCAAGCAUAUGGCUGAUGUGAUGAUGUUGCAUGCUGAUAUGAUAAAGAUGGGAAUUUUUCCAAAUGAAGUCAUAUGUCAUAUCUUACAAAAGGGUUAUCAAGAAAAUCAAUACCUGAAGUCUGCUUUCUGGUGUUCUAAGGACUCGACAGAAGUUCCUUGAAGCCCCUUUUCAGAGCCCUUCAGAAGCAUAACUUAAGUUAAUGACGAAACAAAGACACAAACUGAAUUGGAAUACCAUGGAUGUGCUUAAUGAUUUCGUCGAAUGAAAUCAUCAGAUUAUUUGUUCUUUGACAGUGAUGCUCAUCUGGUAUUUAUUACUAUUACAGCUUGACAGAUAAAUAGUUUACCAUCCUCGUUUUUCUUUCAGUUAGUAGGGUACUAACUUGCAUGUGCGUUAGACUUUUAGUACCCUAAUCAUUGAAUAAAAGUUUCAGUUUCAUCCCAA